AUGACGGAAAUUGCUGCUGGCGCAGCUGCUGGCCUUUGCGCACAAGAGUGGUGGAAUAUAAUCAAACGAGUAUUUAGGCAACCUAGUGAGUUUAAAAAGCAGUACAAGGACCUUGAGAGGGUGUUGGAAGAGUUAAGACCAGUACUGGACAAACAUUCGACCAAUCCGGAGCUGGAGGCUCUGCGCUGCGAGAUGAGAAAUGGCAGAGAGCUCAUAAGCAAGUGUGCCAAAGUUGGCUGUUGGAACAUCCUCAAGCAAAACGACUACUCCAGCCGGCUACAACAGCAAGUAAAAGCGAUUCAGAAUUGCAGAGACACUGCGAUUUUGAGUGGGGUUCUGGAACUAAAUUCCAAGUUGCCGGGAGGAGGCGAGGUGGCUGGACUUAGGUCUGUUGCUGCUCUGCCUCCUCUCCUUGGUAAGGUCUUUGGCAUUGAGAAGCCUCUGACUGAGCUGAAAGGGAUGUUAAAGAGGAAUCAAGUGGUCGGCGUCUAUGGGAUGGUAGGGUGCGGAAAGACCACCUUGGUGAACGUCCUCUGCAGGGACCCAGAUAUCGAAGGUGCCUCUCCCUUCUAUUACUCAAUCACGUUCCCUCUCUUUGUAUGCUUCACAGCUUUGGCGUUCAGGUUGAGCAGAACUCCCCAUUUUCUUUAUGUUGGCUUCUCCGCUGUCUCGGGCCUGUUCCGUGAGAACAUCUUCUACUUCAAGGUUUCGAAAUCACCGGAUACGCUGCACAUCCUGGAAGGAAUAUGGUCUCAGUUGCUGGUUGAAAAAGUGCCCAGGUUUAAAGACGUGGAAGACGCGGUGAGGCAGGUAGCGCAUGGGCUGAGUAAGCAGCCGAUCAAGUACUCAGGGGAUGGUUUGAUUUUCUUAGAUGAUGUUUGGUCUGAGAAGGAUCUGAAGAAUCUCUUGUUCAGAACAGAGCGUUUAAAAACCAUCUUCACCUCUAGGGAGAUUAUAAAAAUCAAACCACAUGAGGGGGAAAUUUAUUCAUUGCCAAAUCUAGAAGAAGAGGCAGCAAAGGAGUUAUUCUAUCAUGUAGCGGGGAACCCAUCGCCGAUUUACACCAGCGCAGCAGAGCAGAUAAUCAAAAGAUGCGGUGGGCUGCCAUUGGCAUUAGAGCUUAUAGGAGGAAGCCUUAAUGACGAACCCAUUGAAAGAUGGCAAGCUAUUAGAAAGGACCUGCUAAAUGAAGGCGACAUUUACAAAAGCGAGAAGGAUCUACUCAGCUACUUCUCUAAAACAAUAGACUCGCUGAGCCCACAACUCCAGGAGUGUUUUCUGGAUUUGGGUUCCUUUCCUGAAGAUAAAAGGCUAACUGCUCCUUCCAUUAUAGACAUGUGGGUUGAACUCUACGGCCUAACAGAGGAAAAUGCCUUUCUCGAACUUUCUGAACUCUCCAAGAAACAUUUGCUUAAUCUUACGUGGAGAACAAGAAGCCACACCAUUGAUGGUGGUAACUAUCACGACAUCAUCGUAAGUCAGCAUGACCUACUCAGACACUUGGCCCUCCAUUAUUGGACUAUGAAAGGCCGUACAGAGAGAAAAAGAGUGGUCGUGAAAGGGAAGGAGGGUGGUGAAUUAGGGACUCAGAAUCAUCAAGAAAUUGAAGCACCAGAUGCCGAGAUUGUCUCCUUGCAAGGCUGCGAGGCUAAUAAUGGAAGAUGGAGCAACAGAGAGUUUCGCAAUGCUAAAGUAUUGAUGCUAAACUUCUCAGGGGAGACAUAUCAGUUACCUCCCUUUCUGGGAAUCAUGGAGAACCUAAAGGUUUUGAUCAUUACGAAUCAUAGCUUGAAUCAAGCAAAACUCCAAAUGGGGGGAAACUCUCUCAGCAACCUCAGAAGAAUGAGGCUUGAGAGAAUUUCGGUAGCUGGCCUUUUUGAGAUUGAAAAUUCAUUGUUGCGCAGUCUACACAAACUAUCUCUAUUCUUCUGCGAGUUCAGCCAGUCCAGCAGUGAUUCGGCCGCUCAGAAUAUCCCCGCCAUCUUUCCUGGCCUCAAGGAGCUCGAAAUCCACUACGCCGCUGACUUGCUGCACCUGCCCCCAGCCGUCUGCGAAGCGAGAAGUCUUCGAAAGUUGAGCGUAACGAAGUGCCCUGCCUUAAAGUCGCUGCCUCAAAGGAUGAACCAACUGACCAACUUAGAGUUCCUGAACAUCUAUGCUUGUUCGAGCCUGGAAGGCCUACCAGACUCAAUUUGUGAGCUCAAGCAUCUCAGAGUUUUGGAUUUAUGUGACUGUUGUAUGAUCGAAAGACUCCCUGAGAAUUUAGGCAGUCUGAGUUGUCUGGCCAGAAUCGAUAUGAGGCGCUGUCUAAAGAUAGACGAGCUACCGGAAUCAGUGACGCAGAUAGAAGAUCUUGAGUCGGUCGUUUGUGACGAAGCCAUUAGGCACCUCUGGGAUCAGGUGAUCGGGAGAGAAAAGGUCUACGUGCCUGAAGAGGAGACCAACUUGAAUUUUCUUCGGUAAUGAGUUGGAGAUGGAUCGAUGUGCUUGAGCUCGUGAAAUAAGUCCGUCGUUUCUUCCUUGUUAAAUGUAACCAAAUGAUGCUGAUUCUUUGUGAAUGUGGUUAAUUAUUGUUAAUUAAGAAAGACUGAAGGGUUUAUUGUA